AUCCUGCGCUGUCAUUGGGCAGCGGACACGCUCUCUCUCCUCCUCUACACACCAGGGAGCAGCAUCACCACUACUGCAAGUGGCAGCCGGCAGGAGGGGAUGGGCGGAUGAGAUGCGAUGAAACCUUUCUUAGAGUGCCCAAAUCCUGCAGGAAUCUGUUGUCUCAACUGAGACCACGAAGCGUGGAUGGAGCCACUGGCAUGCCAAACAGACAGACUUGCUUUGUUUUCAUCUCUCUCAAGUGCUCUACUGAGAAUCUAUAUAUAAACAGCUUUCUUCCUGCCAUUUUGGCACUGCCAAACUCCCCUCCUGCUCCUGAAUCAGCAUAACAUCACUGCGUGGGUGAAAGGGAGAGAGGAGCAAGGCCAAACCGGAGCUGGGAGCAUCAAAUUAUUCAUGUAGAGUGCUUUAGCUUGUACAGCAGUGAGCGAUGUGGGCUGUGCUUCCCACCUCUACCCACACUGUUUGGAGAAAAUCAGGGCUCCUGAUGAAGGUGUGUAGGUAAUACUUUGAGAGCCUGGUAAGACGCCAUGUCUGAAGAGGCGAUUUCAGAAAGUGACCUGGAGCCCAGCCUUAACAGUGAAGAGGAGUAUUUGGAAAAUGAGGAAGAGGAGGACAUUGAGGACAUGGAGGAAGAUGAGGAUGAAAAUGAUGGAGACGAUGAAGAUGAUAGUGUUGAACGACCCGGGAGUACUGAAACAGCUCAGGAUGGCAGGGAUUCCGCUUCAGCUACCUCCGGAGAGCCAUCCUCAGAGCCUCCGUCUCAGCCUGCGUCCCGUCCAUCCUCCAGACCUGCCUCCCGCUCCCAGCCUCCAACGAGCCCAGAAAACUCGAGCCAGAGCAAGCCACUCUCUAGCAAAACAAAGAAACAAAAAGCCUCCAAAUUAACCAAAUCCUCAAAGUCUUCAAAAGGCUCCAAACCUUCAAAGCCAUCUAAGCCUGCACACAUGAGGAAGAAUAUCAGAAAACUGCUGAAAGAGGAUCAGCUGGAGGCUGGGACUAAGGCUGCUCAACAGGAGGAGAUGGAGAGGCGAAAACGUCUGGAGCAGCAGAGGAAGGACUUCCCUACGCCAGCCCCAACUGUCCCAGACUCACAGCUAGUGGACACUGCUUCACUUUUGGGAGAAGUAUCUCACUUGGUCCCUGCUCUCCUGAGCAAGCAGGAUGUGAUCUGUCUGGACAGCAGUGCAGAUGAAGAGGAAAAAGUGGACCCCACACUGCCGGAACAUGCCAUUAGAGAUGAUGUAAUCGAGCUCAGUUCUGGGGACGAGGACGCCCUGCAGAUAAGCAGUGAGUCGGCCGACGAGGAUGCUGAUGGUGCUACCGGCUCAGAUGAGAGCAGCGGGGCACACAUCAACGACGCUCUGAAUCUGCCUGAUGCCCAGGGUCGAGUGCUGGUUAAUAUAAAUCACCCCGCAGAGGAGAAAGACAUUUACCUCGCGCCACAGCUGGCCAGGGCCGUCAAACCUCACCAGAUCGGGGGAAUCCGGUUUCUCUAUGAUAACCUCAUCGAGUCUCUGGAGCGGUAUAAGACCAGCAGUGGCUUUGGCUGCAUCCUCGCUCACAGCAUGGGGUUGGGCAAGACUCUGCAGGUCAUCUCCUUCAUUGACAUCCUACUGAAGAAUACUGAGGCUCACACUGUGCUGGCCAUUGUUCCUGUGAACACACUUCAGAACUGGCUGACGGAGUUUAACCUCUGGCUCCCACCCCAAGAGUCCCUCUCCCCAGACACUGACCCUGCACUCCUCACAGGCCGCCAGUUCAAAGUUCACAUCCUCAAUGACGAGCACAAAACAACGCUGGCCCGGGCCAAAGUUGUAGAUGAGUGGUCCAGAGAUGGAGGGGUGUUGCUGAUGGGUUAUGAGAUGUACCGCCUGCUGUCCAUGAAGAAGAGUUUUGUGAUGGGCAAGAAGAGGAAAUCGAAGAAGGCCGCGGGGCCAAUCAUCAUUGACCUGGAUGAAGAAGAUAGACAGCAGGAACUCAUGAAAGGUAUUGAAAGGGCCAUCGCGCGGCCUGGCCCAGAUGUGGUGAUAUGUGACGAGGGUCAUCGCAUUAAGAACUACCAUGCCAGCACAUCACAGGCUCUGAAGAACAUCCGCUCCCGGCGCAGAGUAGUCCUGACAGGUUACCCAUUGCAGAACAACCUCAUCGAGUACUGGUGCAUGGUGGACUUUGUUAGACCCGACUUUUUAGGCACGCGUCAGGAGUUCAGCAACAUGUUUGAGCGGCCCAUUCUGAACGGACAGUGCGUGGACAGCACGCCUCAAGAUGUCCGCUUGAUGCGCUACCGCAGCCACGUGCUGCACAGCCUGCUGGAGGGUUUUGUCCAGAGACGUGGUCACGAUGUGCUGCGAGACCAGCUUCCCUCCAAGGAGGAGCAUGUGAUCCUGGUGCGGCUCUCUCCCGUUCAGAGGGCGCUGUAUACCGAGUUCAUGAAACGCUUUAGAGAAGCAGGGAACAGUGGCUGGCUCGGUCUAAACCCACUCAAGGCCUUCUGUGUAUGCUGCAAGAUCUGGAAUCACCCAGACGUCCUCUAUGAAGCCCUGCAAAAGGAGAAUCAGGCCAACGAGCAGGACCUGGACCUGGACGACAUCACUUCGGCUAGUAACCCCCGCUGCCUCAAAGCCAAAGUAGCCGACUCGAGCAACAGCAAAGUCAACAACACUCUGCCACCACUCAAUCCCUCUCAGGAUAGAGCCAAUCAAGUCAUCACAUAUGAAUGGGCAAAGGACAUAAUGUCAAACUACCACACAGGAGUUCUGGAGAACUCUGCCAAGAUGGUUCUGCUUUUCCAUUUGAUUGAUGAGAGUGUGAGAAGAAAAGACAAGAUUUUGGUCUUCAGUCAAAGUUUGUCCACCCUGAGUGUCAUUGAGGACUUCUUAUCAAAGAGACCCAUGCCAGCAGGCAUCGCCUCCUCUGACGCCCAGAGCCAAAACUGGGUUCGCAACCUCAACUACUACAGACUGGAUGGGAGUACGUCUGCUUCAGAAAGAGAGCGACUUAUCAAUCAGUUUAAUGACCCAGAGAACAACACAACAUGGGUCUUCCUACUUUCUACAAGAGCGGGCUGCUUGGGGGUUAAUAUGAUUGGGGCCAACCGCGUUGUUGUGUUUGAUGCCUCCUGGAACCCAUGCCACGAUGCCCAAGCGGUGUGUAGGGUGUACCGCUAUGGUCAGAAGAAACCCUGCUACAUUUACCGCCUUGUCUGUGAUUUCACCUUGGAGAAGAAGAUAUACGACAGACAAGUCUCCAAACAGGGCAUGUCUGACCGUGUGGUGGAUGACCUGAACCCAGUGCUGAACUUCACUCGUAAGGAAGUGGAGUCGCUGCUGCAUUUUGUGGAAGAGGAACCUGACCAAAUCUCCCUGUCAUCCCGGGAGGACUUUGAAGCAGUGAUGUACCAAGCAUGUCAUCUUUACCCACACCUCAUCACCAAGCAACCUUUCCCUCACGAGUCUCUGCUGGUGGACCGCAAGGAGUCAAAACUGACCAAAGCAGAGAAGAGAGCAGCUAAGAAGAGCUACGAGGAUGAGAAACGAGCCUCUGUCCCCUACUCUCGGCCAUCGUACGCCCCUUAUUACCCAACCAACGAUCAGUCGCUCACAAACAUACCAGCCUUUAACCAACGCGGCUGGCGUCCCACGGCAAGACCAGACGAUAAGCCUGUGGCAAGCGUCAGGCCAAUCCAGUCGACCCCAGUUCCCAUGAUGCCUCGCCAGGUGGGCAUGGGCAUGGCUGGCUCCAGCUCUGCUGGCAGCCUGCCUGUCAACUUCCUGCAGAAAGCUGGAGUGUAUGUGCAGAGGAUCGUCACCACAACUGAUAUUGUAAUCCCAGGAGCCAACAGCUCAACAGAUGUUCAAGCUCGCAUUACUGCAGGAGAGAGCAUCCAUGUUAUCAGAGGAUCUAAAGGUACCUACAUUAGGACGAAUGAUGGAAGAAUUUUUGCCAUUCGAUCUGGGAAGAUCAGCAGACCAGCAGGCGGAGGGUCAGCUGCUUCAAGAGACACCCAGAGUUCCCUGAUCCAUCCAGUUAGUAAUGGCUGUUCAUCCCCUGUGGACCAACAGCAGCAAUCCCCCAAUGGGCAGCAGCGGCCCUCCUCUCCCUUAAGCUCUGAGAUUCUCAGAGAGAUCAGCCGCUACACGACAUCCACAGGUGAUGGCUCCACUGGGGUGGGGAAUGAAUUGCAGUCACCGUCAGACGUGUCGGCUGCAACAGCAGGGGAUGGAGGCAGUUUGCAGAACAAUCAGACUGGUGAUCUCGGCAGGCAGGUCGGUGAUGACCUGCUGAGCUCGGCUUUAGAGAUGCGUGGCAGCAAACGCAGGAGUACUGAAAGCGAGGGCAACACACAAAUAGGAAGCAAACGCACAUCUGCUGCAACACAUUUUGCUGGACUGUCCAUGGGCUCCAGUGGCCUCAGCUUUCCUCCCGUGGGUCUGAACUCCUCCUCCUUACUGGGGAACCUUAGUCACAUGAGUCAUCCACUUCUGAUGGGUGGUAGUGGUGGAUCGUCAUUCCGUCAGACACCAGGACAAGCACUGGCUGACCUACAGACAAUGUUCCCCUCUGCAAGUUCGGACCUACUGAGACAGUCUGCCACAGGGAACGGACACCUUCCCGUUCCCUCCUCGUCCUCUUUGCCCACUGUUUUCUCCUCGGCGUCCACCACCAUUCCUAUGUCAUCUACACCCUCGGCAGCAACUUCUUCCUCCCUGGCGUCAGGUUCUCUGCCUCCGUACUUGAUGAAUCCCAACAUGUCUGGCUUGCUUUCGUCAGGCUUCCCUCUCAACUACAGUCAGUCGCUGCUCCCUGAGCCGAGAAUGUUCCCCUCCCCUCUCCUCUCCCGGUCUGGAGGAUUCUCUGCGCCUAACUCCAGCUCUGCUACAUCCAGUUUCCUCUCCCAUUUCAACAACCCAACUUCCAGCCUGCUGGGUGCAGCUCUAACCCAGCCGGACAGACAUCAGAGUAAGGAGAAUGGCAGCAGCAGUUCUGAUGACGACGUUAUAGAGGUGACAGGACAGUAGAGACUCCUGAAGAGGCAUUUUCACACGCAAUUUUAUCAAUCAUGGUUAACAAAGUACAUUAGGGAUGGGAAUGAUUAAACAAACUAAAGAAAUUCUGUUAUAUUAUCUGCCUUAACCUCUAAAUUGAUGAUUGAUGGUAAAAUGCAUUGUUAUAUUCUGAAUGUGUAAACGCAUCAGAGUACAAGGGCGGUCAAGAGGGGGAAAAGGGGAAUUUCUACAAUGAGUAAAAAAACAAACUUUUCAGGAACUAAAAAUUUAUGUUUAUCCUGGACACAUACAAUGUUAGAAAAGAUUGUGAAGUUCAAGUCACGUCAGAGGGGGGCCAAAAAAAGUACAUUCCCAUUCCUAAUGGUCUCAUUAAACGACUAACACACACACACACACACACACACACACACACACACACACACACACACACACACACACACACACACACACACACACACACACACACACACACACACACACACACACACACACACACACACACACACAGACUCUCACCUGCAAAUGAGAGAAUCAACUUGUACCUUAAUGACUUAACGAAGUCAGAGUAAAAAUCCUAAUGCUGAAUAUCCCAGACUUGUUCAGCUGGAGCAUCAGAGCAGUGGAAACAGGCCUUUGUCGUACGGGGACCAGCUGAAUCUUUCGGGGUGGCGCUUUUUGAGCACAGCCUCUCCUGCUACACUUUUAAGCAAGGCCUCGCUGGGCUGUUACUUUAAUUUCCUCUGAAUUCAGGUGGAAUAAUGUGAUGAAAACCUGUUUGAUUGUCUCAUGACUUAUUGCUGUGAAACAGUCAAGGGCAAAGCAAAAUUUGACUUGCUGUUACACGUGUCAGCCGUACUCACCCGCUGAACUCUAACUUGCUCAUUUUUCUUCAGCACAGUUUCCUUGUUCUAGUAAACAAAACUGGAAAGCUACAUACUACACAAUAACAGCGGCUACAGAAUGUGGCGUUAAUAUUUCCUCAAAAUCCAGUUCACAAUAUAUUUAGAGAAAAUCCUUCAAGUCUUACCUUUAUCAACAAAUUUUAGGCUUUCGGAGCAUAUUUUAAUCUUUAGCAAUUUGAUAGACAUUGUAGCAUCCCCUGUUGAAAGGAUAUUAUGUGUGAUACUAUAACUGAACAUGUUGAUACUUUGUAAAUAGCAGUCAUUAUCAUUGUUUAUAUUACAAGUCAAUACUGUGCAGUGUGUAGAUUUUGGUUGUAGGGAGACGGUUCAUUAACACAGUGACUAUCAUGACAAUGAAUACACCCUAGCAUUUAUGCUUGGGAAACAAAUUUACGUUUAACUUUAUAAUUGACUGUUUUUUUCCCCCCUUUCCUUUAAAACAAAAAUGAAUGUACUUUCAUGUUAGCCUUUGAUAACACAGGGGCUGGGACAAGGAUUCGGACUGUGUUCUUUCAUUUUUAGCCUUAAAUAACACAAAGGAGUCUUGAGUCUUAGCAUUUAUCAUAGUACGUCCUUUUUACAAAUCUGUUGGAAGAACUACUGAGCAUUUAGACAGUCGGUGUCGAACUAAAGAAAAAAACUGUGUGGGGCAGAUUGAGCACAGUGACUAAAAGCACCAAGCGUGAAUGCCAAAAAGGAGCGCAAACCAAGGUUUAAUGUUGCUAGCACGUUCGUUAAAGCUGGUCACCUGUCUUCUUUUGCAGUUUUAACUAUAGCGUCCCCACCAUCUGUUGAUACGUCAUCCCUCAGUCAGCCUACACCCAACAUGUAGUUUCUUUUGGAUUAUUUACAGAUCCUUGCUGAGAACAAAUAUUACCUAAACUGUAGAAAACAUUGCAUUCAUGCAGCCUUGGUGUAUAAAAACCUGAAGUCAAUGUAGCCCCCAACCAUCAAGCCAGAUCACAUUUCAUUACAACCACCUGUGACUGUGACAGAGCCAGGUCAGGUGGUGUGGUGGCCUUACCGAACUGACAGUGCCGUUAGGUGGUAGCUUUUCACAGAGGUGUCUCUUUAAAAGCAGUGCAGUGUAAGUAGCUUCUGUGAGUAGUGUCAGUCAGUGUAGGUCUGCGGCGCUUUAGGGAGUUUAGGUCUUUGCUGUUCUCUGUAGCCUUGUCUUUCUGUGUUGUGAUGACACCUCAAGGUAUGUAGAUUUAGGAAAUUCCCUUUCCUCCGUUGGUAAAAUAGGCCGGACGCCGUGGUUUUUAGCCUUUAGAAAACACUGGAUAACCUGAAACAGCAGGUCACUUCCUAUGACGUUCCUCCCCCCUCCCCCUUUUUCUUUUUGGAGAUGUUAUGUUGUAGGGACCUUUUGCUCCCACAGUCUGAGUACUGUUCACUUUUGGUUAUUUUUGCUACUGGCUCCUUCCCUGUUGUUCUGGAUGCUUCAUUUCUAUCAUCAAGGACAACUCAAGUUUUUUCUCAUUUCUUGGGGACUUGUGGUGGUUUCAGAUUGGAGCUGGCACUUGGAAAAAGGAUCAUAUCUGCUUGCGAACUGUGCAAGGUACAUCAUACUGACGCCAUGUCUUUAUUCUCAGUCUUCUCAAGCCAUUGGAAACACUGCAUUUUAAUCUUGGGAAUCAUCCGUUUAUAAAACAAAACCUGUCAUCCAUUUCUCGUCAGUUAUUUGCAUUUUUAUGUUUCAUGGGAAUAUUAAAUUUUUUUUAAAAUGCUUUUUUAUAACUUCUUACUGGCAUCCACUCACCUGGCAGUUUCCCUUAUUUCAGUGUAAGUGUCUGAAAUGUAUUUAUUUAUGAUGGAAGAUAUAUUGUGUUUUUUUUUUUUUUUUGUAAUUACGUUUUUUAACCUUUUGUUCACUUUGACCCAUUGACGGCUGAUCCAGUAAGAAUUUCGUACAUGCAGCCAAGAUCGAAGCAGAAUAUGACUGUGUUAUCAAUGUUAUUUUAACAAUAAAACACUCCUCCAUUGCA